AAAAAAAAAAAGAAACAAAAAACAUUUCUCCAAACCCCUCUCGUUAUUACAUAUCUCAAAAUCCCCGGCAUUCAACUCAUCAUUUUGCCGACAAAAGAGUGAUUAACAGCUUGGAAUAUAAUUAUAUAUAUAAAUAUAUAAAAAAUGCAAGCAUUCGUUCGAGGAUUAAGGCAACUCGGGACUCCAAUGAAACGGUAUCGUUUUGGCUGCGUCACUUCUUCGCCGCCGCCGCUGCCGGAAAAAGGGUUGGAGAAUCUGACGGUAGCUGAUGUUCUCAUGGCGAAGGAUGCUGUCGGGAAAGUUGACACGUGGAUUUCGUGCCGUGCAAACGACACCGUUUUUGACGCCGUUAAGAAUCAGAUGGCGAAGCAUAACAUUGGCUCACUGGUGGUGUUGAAACCUGGCGAUGAACAAUACAUCGCCGGAAUUAUGACAGAAAGAGACUAUAUGAAGAAGAUCAUUGGAGGCGGUCGAUCAUGUAAGCUUACCAAAGUCGGAGAAAUCAUGACGGACGAGAGCAAGUUGGUCACGGUCUCGUCCGGGACAAACUUAGUCAAAGCAAUGCAGCUUAUGUCAGAGAAUCACAUAAGGCAUGUGCCGGUGAUCGACGGGAAGAUAGUGGGGAUGAUAUCUAUGGUGGAUGUUGUGAAAGCCAUCGUGGACCAUCAAAACGGCGAGCUCAAGCGCUUGAACCAAUUCAUCAAAGGGGAAUAUUACGAGAAUUAAUUACACAAACAAAUAUAAUAUAAUAUAAUAUAAUAAGUGAAAUAUCGCGUCACAUGUAUUCGGAGAGUCGAAUAAAUUUCCAAAAAAAUAGAACAAAAUGACGGUUUCCAAUGUAAUUUUCUCGGUAGAAAACAUGUACAUAUUCCACGGUUAUUCACGUUGAUUUUAUUUUGUACCGUCUCUCAAUAUAAGAUCAAAUAUUUCAAUUA